CAAAUUAUACGUAUCAGCUUUAUCAUGCAUUCGAAGCCAAGCGUUAUCAUUCAUUUAAUAUGAGUUGAGUUCGUAAACCUGUAUAGUAUAAAAGGGCCUCGGGCCUCGUAUUGAUUCGUUAUAUUGUUUCGUGUUAUUUUGUUGCCACAAUUUUGAAAAUAUUUGAUUCAUUCUUGAACGUGUGUGUUUGAAAUACCGUUGCGAGUACACGAUUCGUUAGAUGUCGAAAAAGUAAUAUUCAUCCUGAGUGUAUUCGAUCGCAAAGAAGAUGAAUUUCGAAAAGUUCAAGUUGUUGAUGUGGAAGAAUUACCGUUUACGACGGUUCCACUGGGUCGUAACUUUGAUCGAACUCGUUUUACCGAUUUUAAUCGUUGGUGUCAUGGUGUUUUUUGUUUCAAAGUUCCCUUCACAGACCAUCUCCAAGAAACCUGAAACUAUCUAUCCAUCUACUUCGAUAGAAUACUACGUUCAACGUAAUGGCAAAAAUUCUGACGUAUAUUAUGCUCCUAACGUUACUGUAAUCAAUCAGUUUAUGAAUCAGAUGAACGGCAGUUUCAAUUCAACAAAAGGAUUGGCGAGCGAAGCUGAGUUACUGAGCGCUCUGCAGAGUAAUCGCAAUUGGAGGACACCUUUUGGAAUUUUCUUCAAAGACAUUACCUCCAACGAAUCGCUACCAGAUAAAUUAACCUACGUGAUAAGAAACGCAGAUGACUGGUCUACACGAAAUUUGUACGUUGUAAAAGAGUCUGCAGGACCUUUCAGGCAGGAUCCUUAUACUCACCAACACUUUAGCGCUAUUCAGUGGGUGAUAAACGAUCAUUUCGUUAAAUAUAAAACGAACCACAGUGAUUUAUUUCAGGUCCAAUUCGAAUGGUUUCCGCUUCCGCCGUAUACGUCAAAUGAAAGUCCAAGAUCUUGGGUAACCUAUGGAGUUGGUUCUAUCAUUCUUGUGGUGGUUCUGAUCGCAUCUAUUCCAUUAAUCAGCGAUAUUAUCGAUGAAAAAGAUAGCGGUGUUAAGGAAUUGAUGAAAAUAAACGGACUUAACGAAUGGCUGAUGUGGCUCGGCUGGGUUUUUCACGCCUUCAUUAUCUGUUUGGUUUCUUUGACCAUCGUCGCCAUCCUUUUAACGUGUCCGUUCAAUGGACUUGGAUCACAAGCUAUAUAUUUCGUACAAUUUUCCGUGUUUUGGAUGUUUUUGAUACUUUACUGCUUGGCCAAUAUUUCAUUCUGCUUCGUGUUUUCUGCUGUUUUUCAAAAAACCGCCGUAGCUUCGUCAAUAUUCAUGAUAUGUUUCGUGGGUCUGCUGGUGGGAGUCAAUUGGUUGUUGAACAAUGCUGCCGAUCAUCCAGCGUCAAGAUUGGCGACAUUGACUCCUGUGGGCGCAUUUCUCAUGGGAUUUACUCGGAUACGUUACUACGAGAUGAACGGCAUUGAUUUCACCUGGUCAUCUGUCUCUGCAUCUGAAAAUGACAGUAGUUCAAUUUCGUUGAUGUUUUGUUUGCUGAUGCUGGUGUUUGACACUUUUCUGUACUUCUUUUUGGCAUAUUAUAUAACGUCCAUCAAUCCUGGGAAAUUCGGAGCUCGCAAAUCACCUUUUUUCAUUUUCGAGGGUUUGUGCUCUCGCAAGAGUAAUUUGACCGGUGAGCUUAAGGGUUUGUUGUCGCGUUUCUUCAUAAAUGACGCCGAACCGUUGCAGAAUUUAGAUGAUGAAGCUGAUAGGAAGUAUUUCGAAUCGCCUCCGCAGAAUGUAGAAGCUACCAUACAAAUCAAAGAUCUACAUAAGAAUUUCGGAAAGGUGUACGCGGUUAGAGGAGUUGAUAUGGAUAUUUAUCAAGGUGAAAUGACAGCUUUGCUGGGACAUAAUGGCGCUGGAAAAACAACUACUAUGUCUAUAAUGACUGGAUUGAGUUCUCCUAGUGCUGGAUCUAUACGUUUUAGAGGCAUGAAUAUAUUCGAGAAUAUGGAUAAAUUUAGACAAAAUUUAGGAAUGUGCCCUCAAGAAAAUCGAACAAUGCCUUAUUUAACAGUUCUGGAGCAUUUGUUAUUUUUUGGACAAUUGAAAGGUGUUUCGCGAAAUGAUGCGCUAGCUGAAGCAAAUGAAUACCUGACAAUGAUGGAAAUGCAGUCGAAGAAAAAUGCGCUUGCUAAAGAAUUAUCCGGCGGAAUGAUGAGGAAAUUGUGCCUGUCGAUGGCUCUGAUGGGAAGAGCUGAAGUUCUGAUAUUGGACGAGCCGACGUCUGGAAUGGAUGUGCAAUCGCGGAGAAAAUUAUGGGAUUUGUUACUGGAUUUGCGAGGACAACGUACUGUUAUAUUCACAACGCAUUAUAUGGAAGAAGCGGACGCUUUAGGGGAUCGUAUCGCGAUCAUGAAUCAUGGUGUUAUCGUAUGUCAAGGAACCCCCCUAUUUUUAAAGAAAGCUUACGGUACCGGAUAUGAACUAACAAUCACCAAAGAAGGUGGAAAUUCGGCUGCUAUCGAUAGUGUGAUCAAAGCUGCAUUACCCGAAGCGAGUCGAGAACUUGAAACACCCUCAGAAACCGUGUACAAAUUACCGUUAACUGAAACUAGCAAAUUCCCAACGUUGUUUAAAAGUUUGGAAGCCGAAAAGUUGCAAUUGGGUAUUAGAAAUUUGGGAAUUGCAGCCACCACAAUGGAACACGUAUUUCUAAAAGUUGGAGGUGUUUCUAUUUAUGAUGCAGAAUCAACGAAAUAUAAGACGGUUACUGACUCCACUUCUGGAACUAAUCAUAUACAUUAUGUUGGAGGUGCGCCUUUAUACGUUCAGCAAAUCAAAGCCAUAUUCAUGAAAAAGGUUCACUAUACGUCGCGUAAUCUUUUCAGCAUAUUUACUCGAAUUAUUCUACCAUCGUUGAUCGGACUGUUUUGGUUUUAUUCCCUGAAUGUUGUGGACCUUUCACCGGAACCACCAUUGGGUUUAUCAAUGAGUACGUAUCCAGGUCCAACAGUUGUACUGAAGAAUAACGUUCCAGGCUCCAGUUUUGCCAAACAUCUUCCCGGAUACGUUUCCGAAGAAAGAGGUUUACUGGUGGAUGCCCAUAUUUCUCCGAUUGAAAAUGAUUUACUUCAGUAUGGAAGUAAUAUUAUGAAAUACUAUAAGGAUUAUAUAUCAGCUUUCGAAGUGAAUUCAUCAACUAUAAAAAUAUUGUAUAAUCCUCCUUUGAUACAUUCGCUUCCAAUUUCCAUCACCACGUAUACGAACGUAUUGCUUCGUAGUAUCACGAAUGACAGUCGCUACCAAAUCAACACGAUUAAUCAUCCUGUACAUGCACAACUACAAUUGGAUUUAGAGGCAUCCGGAUUACAAUUCAAGCAAGUGUGCCGAAAUUACGAAAUCGAGAUUACCUUCUAUGUUAUGUGGUUCAUCGCGUUGGCAUUUUACACGAUUGAUUUAACGGCUUACUUUGCCAUAUUCGUGAACACCGAGCGAAUUGACGGAUUUCAACAUAUUCAAACCAUGUCGAAUGUUUCUCCAUUGGUGUAUUGGUUCGCUACCCUGUUAUUCGAUCUUGCGUUCUUUUCGUUUGUAACUUUCCUUCGUAUUGGAGUUUUCAAAAUCUUGGAUCGUACUAGUUUUCUUGGUUUGGAUGCGUCGAUUGGUGUGUUUGCAUUGAUAAUGAUCAUUUACGGGAUAUCCGGAUUGCUUUUCAUCUACGUAACCGGUUAUUUGUCCAGUUCCAAAGAAGGAUCGUAUACCAUACUUUUCAUAUUCAACUUAGUAUGUUGUGUAAUAGUAUCAGUGUUUUAUGGAAUAAACAAAGCAAACGAGUACGAUCUAUAUGAACCCGGUAUGGUGUAUUAUACUUUCAAAGGAGUCAUUUUACUCGUCCCGUCGUUUAAUUUCUCGUUAUUAUUCAUUAAAUUCAUGGCAACUUUCCAAGCCAACUCAUACUGUUCGUAUUGCUCUGAAGCCAUGAAAGCAACGUGUGAAAAUGAGUCGAUAAAGAAACCGUACUUUGUAUUUGCAUCGGAAGAGAAUGUCGACGGUAUACUUUUGGAGACGUUAUUUUUGAUAUUCGAUAUUGUGUUCUACGCCGCCAUUCUUUCCUUCAUCAAUACCGGAUGGGUUCGUUAUUGGUUCAACUCGUUGAAGAAUAGAAUGUUUGGUACCUUCUCUACUAACCCGGGUGUAGGCGACGACGACGUGAAACAGGAAUACGAAAAAGUACAAAAAUAUAAAGAGGAUAAAUCGAACCAUGCUUCGUUCUCAAAACGCGAGAAGGACGCGAUGAAUGGUAAUUUACUCGACGUGGAAAUAGGCGAAAAUGUUCCAUUACGAGGAAGAGACCGAACUUCUUUGCUGGUGAAUGGAUUGCGAAAGAAUUAUAUCAGAUGGCUCAGACUCAAACCCUUUACUGCUGUUUCCGAUGUGAAUUUUGUCGUUGAACCUGGACAAUGUUUUGGUCUUUUGGGAGUCAACGGAGCUGGUAAAUCUACAACGUUCAAGAUGCUGACGGCUGAAAUUCUUCCUACCUUGGGUGAUGCGUCCAUCGAACAUAUUAAAUUGAAAACUAACAAGAUGAAGUAUUUAUCUAUGGCCGGAUAUUGCCCUCAAACCAACUGCUUCAUCGAAGAAUUGACCGGCAGAGAAAUGUUGUCCAUGAUUGCCACCAUGAGAGGUGUUUUCCAAAACGAGAUUAAACUUCUAGUCGACAAAUGGAUCAAAAUUAUAGGGUUAGAAGAAUUCCAAAACCGAAGAUGUGGCACUUACAGCGGAGGCAAUAAACGAAAAUUAUGUACGGCGAUGUCAUUAAUUGGAGAUCCCAGGGUUGUAUUCUUGGACGAACCUACCAGCGGAGUAGACCCAGUUUCUAGACGUAAUUUGUACGACGUAAUGGGACAAAGUAAAGAAGCCGGACAAGCUGUUAUUUUAACUUCUCAUAGUAUGGAGGAAUGCGAAACUCUGUGUGAUCGUUUAACCAUAAUGGUCUCUGGUGUUAUGAAAUGUAUCGGAACUGCUCAACAUUUGAAGAAACAAUACGCCCAAGGAUUCUCGAUUAUGAUAAAAAUCAACGAUAUUCCCGAAUUCGACGAAGAAAAAGCUGCGUUGAAAAACACCAUGAUGGAGUUAUUCACAGACAAAUACUGUGUUCUGAAAGACGAGCAUAGGGGGUUGCUUUAUUAUCAAAUAAAAGAUACAUCUAUACCAUGGUGGGUUCUGUUUGAAAAAAUGGAAGCUAUUAAGCAACGCCAUCGUGACUUAGUUGAAGAUUACGUACUUACCGAUACCACUUUGGAGGAAGUUUUUAUCUCGUUCGCUAAGGAAAGCGCUGAUCCGUCUAAACAAAACUAGAUUUUCAGCUGUGAAUUGAAUUUCUGUGUGAAAGUCAUUAUGACACGUCCAAAUUGAGCUUAACAUUUAAUUUAAUCGAGCUUCCUUUUUUAUUUAUAAGUCAUCAGUGCGAAGUGUGAGUGGUUUUUUUUGCAUCGACGAUAUUACGUAUUUCGAACAUUAUUGUUUACCUACACUAGUCAAAGGAAAAUCUCUUCCACGGUGCACGGUGUUACUGCUUGAUGCACGUGACCAAGUUUAUUAUUCAAUAUUUCUUAUUUUUUUUAUAUUUUCUAUCCAACUAUUGGAUUUUUCUUAUGGUUACGCUUAUUUUUUAUAAUUACCUACAUAAUAAUAUGGAGCACGAACUGUGAUAUGUACUCCAGAAGUGAGUACGUAAUUCGUGCCAGUGUACUUAAUCUAUGUCAGUGUGAUUUCUAUUCGUAUUAUGCUUAGUUUAUUUUCGUAAAAUAUUUUUCACUUCAGUCUUCUCAUUAAGUUUGCCAGUUAUACGGUGAAUUAAGGUUUCUAAUUCAGGAGGAUGAUAUUUCGUUGCAUUUAAGGUACUUAUCAAUUUAUUUUUUACUCGAAUUUGUUUUUAAAGUUUUUUAUUUCUAUAUUUAUUUACAAAUAAAAUUAUUCACGUUUGAA